UCACGAGAGAAAUAAUCAGCUUUCUUAGUUAUCCUUGCGCUUGCCCUGCAGGUUCCAUUCACUUUCUUUUUCCUUUCAUAAAUAUGAAGGAAAAGAGAAGUUUUUCUGAAUUUGUGUCAGAGUUAAUAGUUCUAGCUGAUGAGGUUGCUUCUUUUACUAAGAAUCCUGAAAUCAAGGUAGAUGAUGCUUUUGCUGAGUUUGGCAUGUUGGUUGAGAAAUUCGCACCAAUCUUCAAUGACUUGAGAGACAAAAGCACAAUCAUGAACAAGCCAGCCAUUAGGAAGUCUUUGGAAUCACUUAUGAAUGAGCUUGGUCGUGCUAAAGCUUUGAUCAAAAGCCACUCUUUGAAAGAGCCCAUCAAACGAAUUGAGAACAUAACACAUGAUCUUGGUCGAUCAUUAGGCAUGCUGCUUGUGGCCACCCGUGAAAUGUCCGCAGAUUUUAGAGAAAAGAUUGGUACAUUGCAGAAACAGCUGAUGACUGCUAGGUUUGUUGGGAAUACGAGUCUAACUUCAUGUUCAAUAUCAAAGUUUGUCAAUGAAAUGAAGGUGGUAGGGGAAAUAGAAGAGGAAAUAAUUAAUGUUACUAGUGACGAUGUUUUGCUACAGCUUAAGAAUGGUAACACUGAAGAAGUUGCAGUUGCACUUUUAAGACUAAAGAAGUUCUUCAAGGUUGGAAAACUAGACAGUGGUUUGGUUAACGUGGAAGCUGUUGUUUUCAUUCUUUUCAAUUGUCUAGGUUCAUGUAAAGCAGGCAAUAGGCUUACCAUCAUUCAAUUGCUACGAAAUAUUGCUUUGGGAAAUGAUGAGACAAAGGAGAAGAUGACAAAUAUUGAGUUUUUAUCAGCAGUGGUGAAGUCUCUAACUAGAGACACUGAAGAGAGGAGAGAAGCAGUGGGACUGCUGCUUGAACUCUCUGACCUUCCUGCAGUUAGAAGGAAGAUUGGAAGAAUUCAGGGGUGUAUCGUUAUGUUAGUUUCUAUCUUGAAUGGAAUUGACCCUGUUGCUUCACAUGAUGCUGCAAAGUUGUUGGAUAUAUUAUCCUAUAAUACACAAAAUGCACUUCAUAUGGCUGAGGCCGGUUACUUUGGGCCACUAGUGCUGUAUCUGAAUGAAGGUUCUGACAUGAAAAAGAUACUUAUGGCAACAACACUUUCUAGGCUGGUGCUCACUGAUCAUAGCGAACUUAUCCUUGGACAAGAUGGGGCAAUUGAGCUCCUUGCGAAAAUGUUCAAUUCUGGGAAACUCGAGUCCAAGUCAUCUGCUCUAAAUGCACUCCAAAAUCUUACCAGCUUGACAGAAAAUGUGCAACGUUUGAUCAGAACUGGAAUUGCAGGAAAUCUUCUACAACUUCUUUUCUCUACAACAUCUGUGCUCAUAACUCUAAGGGAGCCUGCAGCAGCUAUUCUUGCAAGAAUUGCUAAGUCAGGAUCUGUUCUUGUUAAUCAAAGUGUGGCUCAACAGAUGCUCUCACUCUUGAAUCUUUCUAGCCCAGUAAUUCAAGGUCAUAUAUUAGAAUCUCUAAAUAGCAUUGCUUCCCAUGCUUGUGCUUCAAAAGUCAGAAGCAAAAUGAAGGAAAGAGGAGCACUUCAGCUAGUUUUACCUCUUCUGAAGGAAACAAAAAUUGAAAUACGGAGCAAGGCCGUCAAAUUGUUGUAUACUCUCUCCGAAGAUCUAACAGAUGAGUUGAGUGAACAUCUUGAUGAAACUCAUCUUUUUGACAUUGUUAACAUUGUCUCAUCAUCAACAUCAGAUUGUGAUAAGGCUGCUGCUGUUGGCAUACUGAGUAAUCUUCCUGUUAGUGAUAAAAAAGUAACAGAUGUACUGAAAAGAGCUAAUUUGUUGUCUAUUUUGGUAUCCAUCAUGGAUUCAGGUUCCAGAACUAACUCAUGCACUAGAAGGAGCUUAAUGGAGAGUAUUUCAGGCAUUGCAAUCCGGUUCACAUGUUCUUCUGACCAGAAACUACAACUUUUUUCAGCACAACAUGGGGUGAUUCCUUUGCUUGUUAAACUGCUCUCAAGUAGUUCAGCAAUCACAAAACUUAGAGCUGCAAUCUCUCUCACUCAACUAUCACAGAAUUCCCUCUCUCUUAGGAGGUCUAGGAAGUCAAGGUGGUUGUGUGUUCCUCCCUCAGUGGAUGCAUAUUGUGAAGUUCAUGAUGGUUAUUGCUUUGUAAGCAGCACAUUUUGUUUGAUCAAGGCAGGUGCAGUUUCUCCACUUAUCCAAAUACUAGAAGAUAAGGAUGAAGAAGUAGUAGAAGCUGCUUUGAAUGCCCUUUCAACUCUUUUGCAAGAUGAGAUAUGGGAAGGUGGUGUCAAUUGCAUAACCAAAUUGUCAGGUGUAAAUGCUCUUGUCAAAAUAUUAGAAGCAGGUGAUGUGAAGGUUCAAGAAAAAGCAUUAUGGAUGUUGGAGAGAAUAUUCAGGGUUGAAGAACACAGAAUAAAAUAUGGAGAUUUUGCUCAAGUUGUUCUUAUUGAUCUUGCACAGAGGAGUGAUUCUAGAUUAAAGUCAACAGUUGCAAAGGUUUUGGCUGUGCUGGAGCUCCUGCUAGUUCAAUCAAGCUAUUUUUGAUACAAAGUUUAUCUCUGCGAUUCAUAUUAUGCUAGUGAAUAUAUUAUGUUCUAUUCAUUUAUAUUUUUUUGGUGUACAUGCUUGUAUAGUUGUAUUUAAUUUUGUUUCCAUCAUGGUAAAUUACCAUGAUGUAUCAGGAAGAUAUAGAAGUUAUUAUC